AUGGAGGUAGACUCUGUGAAUGCGCUCCUGAAGCGCGCCGCCGACCCUUGUGCGUCUGGUAAUGAGUUUGAUGGCCGCUUGGGCCUGCGCAUCUCCUCCAUCUUCGUCAUUAUGGUUGGAUCCAUGUUCGGUGCUAUCUUCCCUGUCUUUGCUCGACAGUUUGGUGGGAAAGGUGGAGGUGUGCCCGGAUGGGCAUUCUUCAUCGCAAAGUACUUUGGCUCAGGUGUCAUUAUCGCAACUGCUUUUAUCCACCUUCUUGCUCCAGCGGAGGAAGCCCUCACCAACUCUUGCUUGACUGGUCCCAUCACUGAAUACAGUUGGGUUGAGGGUAUCAUCCUGAUGACCAUUGUCGUUCUAUUCUUUGUCGAGCUGAUGGUCAUGCGAUUCUCCCACUUUGGCUCUGGCCACGGUCACUCUCACGACGAGGAAGGACACGUCCACUCUCACAUCGACACAGCCGAGCCCAUGGUGGAAGAAUUAAAUCCCAGCAAGAGUCACCACAUGCCCGGUGAAGACCACCUAGGCCACUCCCGCGAGCACCACGAUGCCGAUGAUUCGGAGAAAGAUGCCGCAGUGAGCGAGGAUUAUGCGGCCCAAUUGACCUCCAUCUUCAUCCUGGAGUUCGGCAUCAUCUUCCAUUCCGUCUUCAUUGGUCUCACGCUGGCUGUCUCUGGUGCUGAGUUCACCACCCUGUACAUUGUUUUGGUCUUCCACCAGACUUUUGAGGGCCUCGGUCUAGGCUCCCGGCUGGCUCUUAUCCCCUGGCCCAAAUCUAAGCGGCUUACGCCUUAUUUCCUGGGAUUGGCAUUUGGAAUUUCCACCCCAAUCGCCAUUGCUAUCGGGCUGAGUGUCCGAAACAGCUACCCCCCGACGGGACGGACCACGCUCAUUGUCAACGGAGUGUUCGACUCCAUCUCCGCCGGGAUUCUCAUCUACACCGCGCUGGUGGAGCUGAUGGCGCACGAGUUUAUGUUCAGUAAUGCCAUGCGCAAGGCUCCAAUCCGUGAGGUACUGGCUGCUUUCAUCCUACUGUGCAUGGGCGCUGCCCUGAUGGCCUUGCUGGGCAAAUGGGCCUAG